UCCCAUCGCUUCUUCCCUUGCCCUCUCUCUCUCUCACGCUCGCCCCUAUUUUUCCCCAUCUGACCUCUCUCUCUCUCAUUUCGGACCGAACGAAACCCUAAACAUCCGUUACUUUUGCCUCCAGCCCUCGUCUCCUUCCCUAUAAAAGACUCCGUCUUUGAAAUCCUCGCCUGCUCCUCUUCAAAAAUCGGCUCUUUUCCUCCAUUCCCGCUCAGAUCGAUUGGUCUCCUUCUCUCCGUCGUCCUCGGAAUCCCAGAUUUCCCCAAAAACUGGUCGGAUUUGGUUCGGAGCUGGCCGAGAUCGCUAGAUCUGUCUCCUCCUCCCUCUUUGCGUUAGAUCUCCGAUUGCGAUCGUCUGGAAAUCUACUUAGAGCUAAAUAAAGACCUGGUUUCGUGAUAUUCCUUCUCCGUGUCCGAUUCGAAGCAAAUCCCUGUCGAUCGAGUGCCAUCAGCUCGGACAAAGUUGAUUCCUAAUUGCUUUCUCUCUAAAAGGAGCGACUUUUGUGGAUCUCUCAUUUGAACGGAAGGAAGAAAACAAGGUGUAAAUUUGGAGAAUAUAAAAUCCUGUUUAUUAGGUUACAGAGGUAAAAGAAAGAAAAUAAAUAAAAUUAUAAAUCUGAGGAGAGGAUUUGUUCUCAUCGAUCGCUUGAGGGAAAGGAGUCAUCUUGGAAAAGAAAGCACAUGGCCGACCACGGUUUGGAGGGGAGCCAGCCGGUUGAUCUUUCCAAGCAUCCGUCUGGCAUUGUUCCCACGCUCCAGAAUAUUGUGUCAACUGUUAAUUUGGACUGCAAGUUGGAUCUUAAAGCUAUUGCUCUGCAGGCUCGUAAUGCUGAGUACAAUCCCAAGCGUUUUGCGGCAGUUAUCAUGAGAAUAAGAGAACCAAAAACCACGGCGUUGAUAUUUGCAUCAGGAAAAAUGGUUUGCACAGGAGCAAAAAGCGAACAACAAUCAAAACUUGCAGCACGGAAGUAUGCUCGCAUUAUCCAGAAGCUUGGGUUUCCAGCUAAAUUCAAGGAUUUCAAGAUUCAGAACAUCGUUGGUUCUUGUGAUGUCAAAUUCCCCAUAAGACUUGAGGGCCUUGCUUAUUCCCAUGGUGCUUUCUCCAGUUAUGAACCAGAACUCUUCCCUGGCCUGAUAUAUCGGAUGAAGCAACCAAAGAUUGUACUUCUCAUUUUCGUUUCAGGCAAGAUUGUUCUUACUGGAGCUAAGGUGAGAGAUGAGACAUACACUGCAUUCGAGAACAUAUAUCCUGUCCUCACAGAAUUCAGGAAAAGCCAGCAAUGAUAAUGUCGAGCAACUGUUGCAGGGUAAUGAUGGCCUAGGCCAGAUUGCUGCUAGUGCUAUAAAUCCUCUAACUGUAUAUAGAUGAAGAAUUCCCUUGACAGUUGCCCAAGUUGUCCUUCGAUCUGAUGGUUGUCGUUUCUGAGCUGUAUCAGGACUACGACCUGUUGUCGUUAAGAGAUUCCCAUGAGUCAUUCUAUCAGGACUAGGAGAGCCGACAGCUUGUGAUUUGAAUGUUCCAGGUGACACUGACAAAAAAUAAAUAUUAACCUGUUUUGUUGUCAGACUAACUAAUGCCAUGGUGGGAUUCCUUGAUGAGUUAUGAGCAUCGUGUUUAUUA